AGGUGCCACGACUGUGGUUUCGUUGUACUACAGCUAGAAGUGCUGGUUGCAGUAGUGCACAAGUAAUAGCUGUUGCUUUUCCUGUUGGGCUGAAGAUCAUUUUGCUAGAUUGUUAUUGUUUCUUGUUUGAUGGCAUCACUUUGUUGAAUUCGUAAAUUUCUUACGACCAGAAGCAGAAACAACCCAAAGUCAAACUCAAACUCACUCUCACAUGAUCAUACUUACUAAAUACUUACUUAGUUUAAUAUUUUCUUCCUCAGAAAUCACAAAAAAUGGGUAAGACACGUCCGACGCGAAGGAAGCUCGCGCAGUACUUUAACUGGAGGGUCAAAGUUGAGUGCGUGGACCGGAUUUGGACAGGGAUAUUGAUGGGCAUCGACAGACACUUGAACCUAGUCUUGCACAAAGCCGAUGAGACGAGAUAGUAAGAAGACUACUUAUUGUUUCCCUAAACCUGGAUCUACUUGUUCUCUGCUGUACUUGUUCUCUUUCAGAAAUAUUCUUUUCGUUUCUCAAAGAAAAGCAUCAUCAUUCAUUUUUUUUUUCUUCUGUCAACUAAGCUCAACAUUACAACUUGCUUUCUUUUUCCACAACAGUUACAAAGUGAAAGGCGAAUCGAGUUUGAAGGAGGUGAAGCGAGUGAUAGGCCUCAUAGUGCUUCGAGGUUGUGAGGUGGUGACAGUGACACCACAAGAGCAACAGGCAGAACGCAUUGUCUAUGUAAAAUCAGCAGCUGUCAAGAACAAAAAGGAAGUUGACCCGGCAAAAGCAGCCGCCGCCGCAGCGAAAAAGAAGCAACAACAGAAAGCACCCACAGCAAAAGCGGGAGCUGGUAGAUUUUUUUUUUCUCCAUAGGUGGAACUGUGUCUGUGCUAAGCUGCUUCAUCUUAUUUGGGCUUGCUCAAUAGCAUUCUUUCGAUUAGGGUAUUAAGAAGAUUUUGUGCUCUCAUCGCAAACAGUCAUUGGUGACUUCAAACCAUUCGAACUCUUGAACACAACAGCCCUCUCAACUGCCGCCGGUCCCGUGGGACAACAGGCUUUGAUGCAACAGCAAAUGCUAUUGAUGCAGCAGGGCAAGUCAAAAUCAGUAAUGCCAGGCGCCUUACCUGCUGGAGCUCCAGGAGGCCCACCGCCUAUGGCGUCUAUGGGAGGCAUGGGAGCACCCGGAGGAAUGCCAGGUAUGCCAGGAGCACCAGGGGGUAUGCCAGGUGGUAUGCCGGGAGGCAUGCCGGGAAUGCCAGGUGGUAUGCCGGGAAUGCCAGGUGGCAUGCCAGGAGGCUUCCCGGGUAUGCCAGGAGGCAUGCCAGGAGGCUUCCCAGGUAUGCCGACCGCACCAGGUGGUAUGCCAGGUGGUAUGCCAGGAAUGCCGCCAAUGCCAGGAAUGCCAGGUAUGCAUGGAGCAGGCGGAAUGCCAGGAGGUCCACCAGGAAUGGGAGGUCAAGGCAUGAUGAAUAUGAUGCAGAUGAUGCAACAAAAAGGGGGCUUUCCGGGAAAAGGCGGCCCAGGUGGAGGCCCUCCGAUGGGACAGUAAUUGAAAUUGCUUUCAUCUUCUAGGAUUUGAAACAGCAGCGAGCCGUGCAUCGCUCUCUUGUAUGGCAGAAAUAGUUUUUGGUUUGACACAUGGUGACGCACAGGCACACGCACACUUGUUUCAGUGGUCCUCAACAGUCCUCUAUCAAGUAUCCCAACAACACGAGGAACAACAUUUUCCAUCGGCGGACACAUAGAUAUCAUCCCAAGUGAUUAUACCACAAGAUUGUAUCCCAAGACCUCUACUCUACUUCUCGUAUUAUAAGUUUCACUGUAUCAAUAAAAUAAAUACGAGCAAGAGUUAU